CUGGGGGCCUGGGGGCCACUCCAAACAAUCGAAGUGGAAUACAGCCUGUUGGUAGAGGAGAACCGUUUUCCUUUCGGGGCCAUAUUCCACUUCCAUGUUUGUUGGAUGGAGGGUAAUUCAGAAGCAUGUACUUCAAGUCUUCUCGCCACAGCUGGGCACGUCGCUUUUCUGCUCGAGCGAGACGACGGGUGACAGGGAUUGGCCGGGCCGAUCAGUGUGAACAUGGCAGGCGGCUAUGACCCGACGCCUGCCCCGGUGGUGACAGUGACGAAGGCGGAGGACGACAGUCCCACGGCCACGGGCGUGCGGCCCACGUGCAGUGUGAAGCAGCUGUGUCCCAGUCGAAUGAACGCGGAGAUCUCCGCACGCUAUGACUUUGACAACGAGCUGGGCGCAGGUGCCUUUGGCUCCGUCUUCGUGGCGAGAGACAAGCGGCAGCAAGACCGCAAGGUAGCUGUGAAGAAGAUGCUGAUCUUGGAUGGUGAGCAGAAAGAGGCUUUCGAAAAGGAGGCCAAGAUCAUGAAGGACUUGGAUCAUCCGAACAUUUGCCGACUACUGGAAGUCUACCAGAAAGGUCGCUUUAUGUUCUUCGUCAUGGAGCUUUGCGAGGGCAAAGACGUGUUUGACCGCAUGCUGGAGCAGGAGGAGCACUCCUUUGGAGAGCCCCAAGCUGCCGAGAUCAUCCGACAGGCCAGUAGCGCCUUGCACUAUGCGCACAAUCGGAUGAUCUCCCAUCGUGACAUCAAGCCGGAGAACAUGGUUUUUGUGAACCGAGAUUCGGGCUGCAAUCACAUCAAGGUCAUCGAUUGGGGCCUUGGCUUCUACUUCGGUGAUCGAAGAAUGAAGUCUGCUGUGGGCUCUCUUCAGUACUGCGCCCCCGAGGUGCUCCAAGCUGAUCAUUGGUCCAAAUGGACACAGGGCUACUCGCAGGCCUGUGACUUAUGGAGCUUGGGCGUGUGCACCUACGUGAUGCUUUGUGGAAAGCCGCCCUUUUGGGGUCAUCAGGCGCAGCAGCUGAAGAUGAUGAAGAAGGAGAAGUUCCCCAUGGACGAUGCGAUUUGGCAGGCGAUCUCGCCUGAAGCGAAAGACCUAGUGAAGAGUUUGCUGCGAGUGAAUCAGAAGAAGAGGCUACCCUUGGAUAAGGUCCUGAGCCACCCAUGGUUCACCGUUCAGAACCUCCGCGCCUCGCAAAUCUCGCAAAGCGUGGCGAAGCGGGUGCUGUCGAACAUGCGGAACUUCAGCAACCUGGGCCACUUCCACUCCAUUUGCGUGGCUGCCGUGGCCAGACAACUUGAUAGCCGGAACCUCCAUGAGGUGCACUCGGUCUUUUGCAACCUCGAUCGGAACGGCGACGGGGUGCUGACCUUAGAAGAGGUCAAAGAGGGCUUCUCUGCCAUCUUCUUGCCGAACAGUCAGGAGAUGCGGGACCUGGAGAAGAUUUUCUCGACGUUGGACAUGGAUGGCUCAGGCUGCAUCGACUACACCGAGUUCUGCGCCGCGGGCGUGGGCGAACGCGUCUUCCUCGAGGAGUCGGCGCUGUGGGGCGCCUUCGACGCCUUUGACGCGGGGCAACACGACGGGCAGAUCACCUUGGUUGAGAUCAAGACGGUGCUCUCCAACGCUGACGUGAAGAAAGUGUGGUCCAAAGAUGUCCUGGAUGAUGCGGCCAAGAAGGCACUUAGCAAGUUUGACAAGAACGGAGAUGGGAGUAUCACCUUUGAAGAGUUCUGCGAGUUGAUGCGCAGCCACACCACCGCACGGCGCCAGGCCCGCGCGGAAAUCGCCUGCAGCACUGGGCUCGUGAGCGAAGAGAUCACGAAGCUCGAAGAGCAGAUCGUAAAGGAGACAAAGGCCAACACCAUGAAAGACUUUGUCCGGACCUACAGCAUGGUGCAGCAGAUGCAAGAGGAGCACCACAGCCACAGGAAGGGUUCCCGAUGCGUGCCAUGUUUUGGCCGCUCCGGCGUUGCGGAGCCUGGCUCUUAACAGUAUCCCGCCGUCGUGCUCUUAACCGUGAAAGUGAAAUCAUGCUGAGUGAAGUCACGCCGUUCUGUAGAGUUGAUGUCCGGACCACUCUUGCUGCAAUCCUUGCAGAGCCAUGCGAGACGAAGCUUAUGUUUGUCUCGCACGGCUGAUGGAAAGCUUUCUCAAAGUUAGGGUUUUGUGUUUCUCG